AUGAUGGCCGCUCGUUAUGGCUCCAAUCUUCGCCGAUCCAUUCCUUUGAAUAAGGUCUCCUGGCGACAAUAUUCCUCUCAGACGACUCCUCUGACCUCUCCGUUCGCUCCCCGUCACCUCCUCUCCAUCGCAGACCUUACACCGACCGAAUUCGCUGCUCUCGUGCGCAAUGCCUCCUCCCACAAGCGAGCGAUCAAGUCGGGGUCCAUCCCCCAAAACCUGCUCGGGGCUCUGUCCGGGAAAACCGUGGCCAUGAUGUUCAACAAGCGAAGCACCCGGACGAGGAUAUCGACUGAAGGCGCUGUGACGCAGAUGGGAGGACACCCGAUGUUCCUGGGCAAAGACGAUAUUCAAUUGGGGGUUAAUGAGUCAUUGUACGACUCUUCGGUGGUGAUCUCGUCGAUGGUCUCUUGUAUGGUGGCCCGUGUCGCUAAGCAUUCCGACGUUGCCGACCUUGCGAAGCAUUCGUCUGUGCCGGUUAUCAAUGCCCUCUGCGACUCGUUCCACCCGCUGCAGGCCAUCGCCGACUUCCAGACCAUGUACGAGACAUUCGAAUCCAAGGCCCAUCAUUUGUCUAGCUUGGGCCUUGAGGGAUUGAAGAUUGCCUGGGUUGGUGAUGCCAACAACGUCCUGUUCGACAUGGCCAUUGCUGCUACAAAGAUGGGUAUCGACGUGGCCGUUGCUACGCCCAAGGGCUACGAGAUCCCCGCUCACAUGCUGGACAUUAUCAAGCAAGCUGGUGAGGGGGUCAGCAAGCCCGGAAAGCUGUUCCAGACCAAUGUGCCUGAAGAAGCGGUCAAGAAGGCCGAUGUCCUGGUGACCGAUACAUGGGUGUCUAUGGGUCAGGAGGAGGAGUCGAUCAAGCGCAUGAAGGCCUUUGAAGGCUUCCAGAUCACCCCAGAACUCGCCAAACGAGGUGGUGCCAACGAUGGAUGGAAGUUCAUGCACUGCUUGCCCCGACACCCCGAAGAGGUCAGCGACGAGGUUUUCUACAGCAAGCGGUCGUUGGUCUUCCCCGAGGCAGAAAACCGGUUGUGGGCUGCGAUUUCUGCACUAGAGGGAUUUGUCGUUAAUAAGGGAAAGAUUGAAUAG